AUGAGUGGCCACCGGCCACCUGGGGGGCGGCUUUCGGUGGGAGGCGACCGACGGCGGAGGGCGGCCUGCGCCGGGUGGCGACCGGCGUCGGACAGUGGAGAACGGCAGCCGACGGAGGAGGACGACGGCCGGUGGCAGCCGGCGGCGGAGGUCGACGGCCGGUGGCGGGUUGCGGCCGGCGUCGGGCGGCAGAGGAUGGUGGUCAGCGGCAAGAGGCGCCCGAGUCCACCGGCCGGUGGGCGAGAGGUGGCCGGCGGGUGGCGGCGAGAGCCGGCUAGCAGGUGGCGGCGAAGGACGCGAGAGGCGGCGGUGGGCGGGUUAUGGCCAGCGUUGGGCGGCGGCGAACGGCGGAAGAUGGCAGUGGGAGGAGGCGGUCGGCGAAGGACACCGGCAGUAGGCGGCCAACGGCCGGAGGCGGUCGACGGCAAGAGGCGGCCGACGGUGGCGGGAGGUGGCCGGCGGCAAUAG